AUGCCGUUUGCAAACGCGAAGCUCAACGACGGGAACGAGAUUCCGACUAUCGCGUUCGGGACGGGCUCGGUGAACAAAGGCAAGGACGUCUCCGGCAUCGUCACUUUGGCGCUGGAGGCUGGCUUCGAGCAUUUGGAUACGGCCCAAAUCUAUGGAACCGAAACUACGAUGGGGAAGGCGAUAUACGAGAGCGGGCUUGCGCGCUCUGAAUUGUACAUCACCUCGAAGUAUUGGCGUGGCGACGCUCAGGACGCACUCAAGGAGAGUUUAGAGAAGGUAUUCGGCUAUGCUCUCCGCUCAGCACCCACUCACGAAUGGCAGCUCAAAAUAAAUUAUCUCGACCUCUACCUGAUCCAUUCUCCUCGCCUUGUCUCCGACGUCGAGUCCGUCUGGCGCGGCUUUGAGCAGGCCAAAGCGAGUGGGCUCACAAAGAGCAUCGGCGUCAGCAACUUCGACCUCCCCCAACUCCAAUCGCUCGUCAAGAUCGCCCGCGUCCUGCCGUCCGUGAACCAAAUUAGCUUCAGCCCGUACAACUACACGCAACUCAAGCCCCUCCUCGAGUUUUCUGCGAAACAUAAGAUUGUCACGGCUGCCUAUAGCUCGCUUGCGCCCAUUACGCGGUAUCCGGGUGGCCCAGUCGAUGCACCCGUUGCGGCGGCCGCGAAGCGUCUUGGUAUUAGUCCGACACAGGUUAUCUUCCUUUGGGUGAAGAGCAAGGGAGUCAUUGUUGUUACGACAAGUUCAAGCAAGGCACACAUGGAGGAGUAUCUUGCCGUUGGAGAUCUCCCAUCUCUGACGGAGGAGGAAAUUGCCGCCAUCGAUGCCGCAGGUGCCAAUGGUCCGCCUUCGUCACUCACUCUAAAGGCGAAACGGUUACGACCAGUCCAAGUGAUUCUUCCGUCCCUCCUUCUGGCCAUUCUUUGGUUCGCAAACUGGCGGUGGUUCUCGUAG